UUUGGAGGUAUGGCCGACAAUCUGAUCUGAUUAGUCUUUGUUAGUGUCCGCGAGGUUCUGCAGAUAAGUAGGGCCGACGGUGAAUGUUAAUUUUUAAUGUCGCACCUCCACACAUAAGCUUAGUGUUUUCGGAACCUCGUAAGGAGUCUAUUUGCUGCUCCCAAAAUGCCUUUCCUCAUACUCUCAAUCACCUCUAAAGUUUUGUCUUCCACUUCUGCGACAUACGACGCGACAAGUUCUCGUUCCCAAUACUUUGUUUCGAUUGGUUCAGUACUUCUCAAUAGAGCAGCCGUUCUUCAGCCUAUCAACGACUUUUGCUUUCAAUACUCCUAGUCUCUCGCCUGCAUUUGAACCCCCAUCCUCCUCAUACCCGAGUCGUUCUUCUUGCAGCUUUUUUGCAUUCAUUACGAUGCGCUUCAAUGUUGUCUAUGUUGUCGUUGGCCUUGUCUCUGCUGCUCAUGCGGUCCCGGUUGGGAAUGAUCUUAUGGGUACACCUGAGAUCGGCUUGAAAUAUCGUUCUCCUUGCCCCGAAUCUAACGAGCAAAUUAUAUAUAAAUUCCACAAACCCGAUUUAAACCCCAUACGAUACAAGGAACAUGGUCAAUUCAUCGAAGCAAUGACUAGGAAUAAUCAAAUAAUUCCAGUAAUCAGGAAUCGGGUUGAUGCGUUCAUCAAACACGUCUUUCAUGAGAUGAAAAGGACUGCCGCUCUGGCAAAGGAUAGUCCUCAGUUUUUGAAUAUGCCAAAAAAUCUUAGAUUCCAGAUCACCAACAAGAUCGUUAUUCGAGGCAUAGAUGGGUCUUUCAAGCAAAGCCAGAUUACAUGCCCAUGCGACGUGGAGGCAAUUUUUGAUACAACUGGGGAUUUUCUGUACUUCUCGACCGACUCUGGCUACACGAUUAUCAGCUUGGAUUCGAAUGCACAGGUCGUGAAAGACAUGACACUUCCAUUUGCCGUAUAAUUUUACUGCUUUGAUGUCUACAUAUCUUUUUUCUUUGCACGCAUGUUUGAAGCCUGUACCAUCCGCUUCGAGUCACCCCUACA